AUGUUUCCAUUACUGGUUCGUGCUGCUCUGAGCAGCAAGAAGCCUGCAGCUUCGAUUUGGUCCCUCCAUAGAGUAAGAGUAUUACUACUGCUACCACCAUCACUGAAAACCAGCAGCAGUCACCAUUUUCAUCAUAAUGUCAACGUAAGCUCCACGGAAACCAUUAAACCUUCUUCCCCAACUCCCGCCCAACGCACCACAUUCAAGCUCUCCCUCAUCGACAACGAUGUCCCGCCAAUUUAUGUACCUUUCAUCUUCUUCUUUUUUCCUGGUCCCGGCUCCACGGGACCAAACCCAGGGGAGAGAAGAUUCGAGACCCUCAAGUCUUCACUCGCCCAGACCCUCACGCGCUUCUACCCACUCGCCGGCAGGCUGUCCAAAUCCGGCGGCAUCGAUCAAGCCGGUUCAGUUCCCGUCGUCCAUUGCAACGAUGAGGGCGUGCCGUUUUCUUCCGCCACGGUCGAUUUGUCCGUGGCCGAGUUUCUCAGGAAACGUCUCGAAAUUGACUCGCUCCAGCAAUUCCUCCCUUUCACUGCAGAUCCGAUCGUCUCGGACCUCGAAUCGGCGCCGCAGAUCGCCUUCAGGGCUACCGCUUUCCCUUGCGGCGGGCUCGCCAUCGGUGUUUGCAUGUUGCACAAGAUCAUCGACGCCGCCACUUUGGCCGAUAAACUCUGGUCCGCCGUCGCCAGUAGCCAGGACAAAACGGCGGCGGCAGCAGUUGGCGGCGGCGCGUAUGCUCACGAUCGCGCCGCCACGUCACUCCUGCCGCUGCGUCACGGAGAUGUCCCCGCAGUCACAGAGGAUUUAGUGCGCGAACAAGGGAAGAUGCUGACGAGGAGACUCGCGUUCGAUGAGGAAGCGAUUCACGCGCUGAAAGCCAAAGCGAAGAGCGAUCAGAUACCCAACCCGACCCGGACGGAGGCGGUUGCUGGGUUUUUGUGGAAGCACGUGAUGAGCGCAGCCGCCAGAGCAGCGUCACCCGACGGGUCAAACACCAGAUCAGUUGCCUCAGUUGCAGCUAUGUCGUUCCACCACCAUGAUCAACAACAAGAGUCUUUGGAAGAUGGAACAAAGACAAUACAAGAGUUGGUCCAUAAAUUGAGGAGUUCAGUUGAGGAAAUUGAUAAGGAGUUUAUAGGAAAGUUACAAGGCAGAAAUGGGAGACAAGAAUAUACGAGGAAUCUAGAAGCGUUAUGGAAGCCGACGAUCACGAUAGUCUCGGACAACUCCAUCAUCGGAAGCCUGCACCUCCUGAUCAUCGGAAAUCUGCCUCCACUUCAACGGCUGAGACAACUCGCCGAGAAAUACGGACCGGUGAUGCAGCUCCAGCUCGGGGAAGUGACCAACGUCAUCAUCUCCACUCCCGAGGCCGCGAAGCUGGUGAUGAAAACCCACGACCUCGUCUUCGCUUCCAGGCCGGCUCCCCACCAGCUGGUGGCCCCCACCACCAUCUUGUACGGCUGCAACGACGUCGCCUUCGCGCCAUACGGGGACGACUGGCGGCAGAUGCGGAAGGUCUGCAUCUUCGAGCUUCUCAGCGCCAAGCGCAUGGCAUCCUUCCGAAAUGUCAGAAGCCAGGAGAUCUCCAAACUCGUCGCUGCCAUCAGCGAAUUCGUGCAUGGGAAUAAUAAUGAAGCCGCGGUGAACAUGAGGAGGUUGCUGGUCCCCCUGGCGAGUCGCGUGGCGUGA